ACCUCCCAUGUGUCUACUUUGUACUUUACACAGCUCAGCAAAGUUUUUCUUGCCAAAAUGACAGAUUUCUAAAUAUCUGGACAGGGUCAUGCCACUAGAAAAUAAUGUGGUUAUAUAUGUGAAAAGCAUUUACAGUUAGUCUGUCUUUCACCACUUUUAAGUUGAAGAGUCAUUGAUAUGUAGUAACAAAAAAAGUUAUUCAUGUGUUUUAUAGAAUAAUAUUUUUGUGAACUAUUGCCAAACAAUGCCAGCAAUUUAACUAAUAUUUAUUUUUUAGUGAUCAAAAUAUGCCUCAAGGUAAAUACUAUUUCAUCAUGACAGCCAUUUUUAUAAAGCUUAAAAAUGAAUGUAACAAAAUAAUAUGCUGUUCAGGCCAAAGUCCUGAUGUAGGUAUGUAUGCAUCUGCCUACCUGCCUAUCAUCUAUCAUCUGUCUAGACUAUAAAGAAAAGCAAGGGGCUAUGAGCAUAGCAGCCUUCAGAUGAGCGGCCACCUCUGCGAAGAGGCCAGGGGAGCGGCUCGGGGAGGGACCUCCAGCAGCAUCCACAGGAUCAGAAGUAUUUUCAUUCUGCUUGAGUUCAUGAAUGUUUAUUUUAUUGUUAUGCUUCCUAACUUAGAUGCACAUAUUUUUUGAUCCAGAAAUCCUACCUUUGAGACUAUCUCCUACAGAAACAAAGCACCAAUAUAUAAGGAUAUGCAUUUAAAAGGGAUACAGCUGCGUAAACUCCAUAUGGCUGUCAGGAUUUGGUAUGAGACCUGCUUUACAUUUUUCUGCAUAAUUGUUUUUGCUUAUAAACCUACUAUAUUCCAAAAUGCAUCAAGAUUUUCCUCAGUUUGGGGAAAACCCAACGUUCUACCCAUGGGCGGCUGCUCUGUUCUUCCUACAGCCUCAGAUUUUAUGAAGAGCUCAUAUAUGGCUGAACUUGAACUUUGAGAAUCCUGAGGGACCUGAAUUGAGAUGAUCUGACUUGGUUUCUGCUGGGGGCUAAGGGUCACUACCAAUCAGGAACCAUUUCAAGCAAUAUAGUUAAAAGUAUGUUUGAGGGGCGGAGCCAAGAUGGCGGCGUGAGUAGAGCAGCGGAAAUCUCCUCCCAAAACCACAUAUAUUUUUGAAAAUACAACAAAGAAAACUCUUCCAAAAAGAGAGACCAGAAGACACAGGACAACAUCCAGACCACAUCCGCACCUGCGAGAACCCAGCGCCUCGCGAAGGGGGGAAAGCCAAAACUUCAAUGUAACCGUCAGAAUCAUAGUGUCUAAGAAGCACCCCCUCCUUUGGAUACCAGAGAAAAACUAACAGCCUGGACAGUCUGCUCUAAGAUCACCCUGGGAUCUCGGAUCUUGGCACCCCCACCCCCAUCUUCAGGAGAACAGUGUCUGAUUUUAAGUCUGCCACCCGGAAGAAGUGUGUUGUAUCCCUAUGAUGCUCUGCUGUGAUCUCAGGACCUCCUGGAAUCCACUGUUUGGGGUUGCCAUGGACACAGGGUUCUUACUCCAGUACUGCCUCAGUAGAGGCAUCAGGUGAAGACCUGGAGCCCCUCCCAGGCGCAAAAGCAGCCUUGCCUGCGGGUGAGCGGAUCCUGGCCGAGCGGGCGCAGGGGACACCAGGAAUCCGUCUGUACCCUGGCCUGUUCUGGUUGGAGCAGAAAUAGGCGGAGGCCUGAUAGCUGAGCGUGAGCUGGUGCUCCUGCUCACUUGUAAAGACUAUUUACAGAUUAAUUCUAGAUUAAAUUCAGCCACAAAACAAUACUAUGCAGAGAUUAAAGAAGAACGCUUUAUGUCUCUGUUUCACAUGUCGAAAAAGAAAUAGCAAUGUUGCAGAUGAACUGACGUCAGUAAUCUCUGAUGGAGCCGCCAAUGCAAGGAAUGUUGCAGAUGAACUGACGUCAGUAAUCUCUGAUGGAGCCGCCGAUGCAAGGAAUGUUGCAGAUGAACUGACGUCAGUAAUCUCUGAUGGAGCCGCCAAUGCAAGGAAUGUUGCAGAUGAACUGACGUCACUAAUCUCUGAUGGAGCCGCCAAUGCAAGUCAAAUAGAACAACUUUCCAACCUUGAUAAUGGCGAUGAAGACAUCGAUUUUCCUAAUUCAUGUGGUAGUGUGAUUAAGUGGAUUAUGGACUUAAUUUUAUCAUCUUUAACAGUGAGAAUAUUUGGAGUUUUGCUAACCUUUGUGGAUUUGUCCCUCAUCAUCACAGACCUAAUUGUCACUGAUAACCUGUGUAUGUCUUUGGGAAUUCAUGAACUUUCUUUAGUCAUUGCUCUGUUUUAUUUAACGGAUGUUCUUCUUCAAGUAUCUGUAAAAGGGAUACAAUCUUAUUUUUCUGACAUACUUAACUCCGUAGAUGCUGUCAUUAUUGUGGUAACUCUACUGGUUAAUAUUGUUUAUAUUUUUUAUAUUAUUUGUGUCAUUGAGAUUCUUAAAGAUAUUACCAGACUGUCAACUGUAUUUCGACUUCUACGACUUAUCAUUCUGUUAAGAGUCUUUCAUCUGGCUUAUCAAAAAAGAUGUCUUGAAAAGCUGUGCAGAAGGAUGGUUUCAGAAAAUAAACGGCGAUACAAGAAGGAUGGAUUUGACUUAGAUCUCACUUACAUUACUGAAUGUAUUAUUGCCAUGUCAUUCCCGUCUUCUGGAAAGAUGUCUUUUUAUAGGAAUCCCAUCAAGGAAGUUGCACGAUUCCUGAAUACCAAGCAUCGAAACCACUACCAAGUCUACAAUCUAUGCAGUGAAAGAGAUUAUGAUCCUAAGUAUUUCCAUUAUAGAGUCCAUCGAAUAAUGAUUAAUGACCACAAUGUCCCUUCUCUGAGUGGGAUGCUGACAUUCACCAAGGAAGUAGCCGAGUGGAUGGCUCAAGAUAAUGAAAAUACCGUUGUGAUUCACUGUAAGGGAGGCAAAGGCAGAACUGGAACUAUGGUGUGUGCCAUCCUUAUUGCCAGUGAAAUAUUUAAAACUGCAGAGGACACCCUUUAUUACUUUGGAGAACGACGAACAGAUAGAAGCAUCAGUGCUAAAUUUCAGGGGGUAGAGACUCCUUCUCAGAGCAGAUAUGUCGGAUACUUUGCGGAUGUGAAAAAUAUCUACAACUGGACUCUCCCUCCAGUAAAAGUGCUCACGAUGAAAGAGGUCAUUAUUCAUUCGAUUCGUGGUGUUGGAAAAGGCAAUGGAAAUGAUCUAAAAAUACAAAUAACAAUGCAGCAAAAGACCGUCUUUUCCUGUUCUGCUUCCAAAAACUGUACGAUAACUCACGAUGUUGAAGCAGACAGAGUGAUAUUUAACCUGAUCAACUGUCCGCCUCUGUAUGAUGAUGUGAAAAUGCAGUUUUUCUGUCCGAAUCUUCCUAAAUACUAUGACAACUGCCCAUUUUUCUUCUGGUUCCAUACAUCUUUCAUACAAAGUAACAGGCUUUAUCUUUCAAGAACUGAAUUGGAUAAUCCCCAUAGACCCAAAACAUGGAACAUUUACCGUCCCGGGUUUGCGGUUGAGGUCUGUUUUGAUGAAGUCUUGGCUGGUACCUAAUUGUGCUGUCCCCCUUCCAGGACAGCAUCACGUUCUUCACACUCCCUGCUACUUCUUUCUGUCUUCUGAACCUGCUUCCCCACUAGCAUCCUUGUUUACACCCAUGUACAUAUGUUUUUUAGAAACCUAUUAAAUGCAUACAAGAUAAAAUGUCAAUGGCAAUUUUUGUUUUGAAGGAACUUACUUCAUACGGUUUCAUCCAUGUUGAGAUAAAUUCAGAACAUAGUACAGAGACAUUACCACUUUUCAGAACUUUGAAAUAAAACUUCCGUAUCAAAACUUGAUACUCAAAAACUGUGAUUUCCCCUCAAUAUUGUGGGUUUAUUUCAUUUACUUAUAUAUUUUUGGACAAGUAUUUUUCCCUGCUUUAUUUGUAAUCUUCAGAUUUAUGAGAAAGGCAAUUCUUUUAUUCCUCCACUUGAUUUACAAACCGUCUGUUAACAGACAUCAACUGGCACCAAAGACAGUUUAAACCCAGAGAAAUGUUCACCCAGCUUUUCUCCUGUGCUCCCCCUACUGCUCUUUCAUUACACCCAGGCAUUGGGAGGGCACAGAAUCUCGUAAUAUGAAGGAUAAAGAAUUUACAGUAACUUCCGCUUUUGUGUGACAUCACUAGUGAAGUCAAAGAGAAUCUGCCUGGGGAAACCUAGGUUUACCUUAAAACCCACAGCCCCUACCCAAGCUUGGGGACAUCCGUGCGGGCAGGCCCCCCUUUCCUUACAAACGCCAGCUAGUCCCAUGUCCAUUUUCUCUUUGCUGUGGGUAUUGUUUUAGUCUAAGUACCUUCACUGCCAUUUUUGUCCUUAGGCCAUAAUUGUCCUUAAAAACAGCUCUUUUUCAGCUUCAUUGAAAUUUUUCCUA